UAAGUCGGGCCGAACCCCUGAGAACUAACUUCAUCACCGUGACUUGCAGCAGAAGCCCCUUGGACAUAUAUAACGAUGCCGUACAUGUGGAUUUCUUGCAACAACCAGCCUCAAUACAUUCCCGUGUGCAUAGGCUCUACUGGAGUUACAGCUGCUGACUAUAUGACCCAACCAUUCAUUCUUCGCUGGGGCAUUAUCUCAACUGGCAGAAUAGCCAAUUGCUUCGUAACAGAUCUUCUUGUUGAUCCCAAAACGCGUAAUGUCACUGAUGUGGUGCACAAAGUGACUGCCGUUGGGUCGCGAAGUGUCCAAUCAGCGCAGAAGUUCAUCACUGAAUAUGCCAAGGGUGAUCAGUCAAUCAAAGCAUAUGGCAGUUAUGCUGGUGUCUAUGCAGACCCGAACGUCAAUGCAGUUUACAUUGGCACACCUCAUACUCUGCACUAUGAAAAUGCACUUGACGCGAUUAAAGCAAAGAAACACGUUCUUUGCGAAAAGCCCGUGACAACAAACGCGGCAGAGCUUCGGUCGCUCCUUGCAGCUGCAAAAGAGCAUGGUGUAUUCUUUAUGGAAGCGCUCUGGACACGCUUCCAGCCUCUUACGCUUGAGGUCAAGAAAAUUUCGGAAAGUGGUGUAUUGGGUGCACCAUUGGCUCUCCAAGCCGACUUGUCAGACAACUUUCAGAUUGACAAACUUCCUAAGACUCACCGCAUCCUGGAUCCUGCCCUUGGUGGCGGCGCAUUACUAGAUCUGGGACCAUAUCCUCUUAUUUGGGCCAUUCUUGCCCUGUACGAGCACCCUGCCAACCAAGGAGCUGCUCCCAGCAACGUCAGUGGAACAAUGUUGAAAACCCCUCUGACAGGGGUCGACCGCAACACCUCCUUCACGGUUACCUUCGCAGAAAGGGGACUGGCUGCACAAGCCAUUCUGUCGUGCAAUCUUAACGUCCAUGGCCACCAGACCGGUGUUGUAAUUCGGUACGAGAAGGGUACCAUCGCGAUCGCAGCGCCAAUAUACUGCCCGAAGAGCUUUACUGUGCAGUACCUUGAAGGUGACAAGGUGACAAAGGAGGAGACGAGGCGAUUCGAGUAUGUUGGCAAUGGAUGGCAUUUCCAGGCCGAUGAGGUUGCGCGGUGUGUGCGUGAUGGUAAGAGUGAGAGUUCACUUUGGGGACAUGAUAAAAGCCUGGUGGAGAUGGGCAUCUUCGACGAGGUCAGGCGCCAAGGAAACUACAAGUUCCCACCCGGUGUGGAGAAGGUCGUGUAAGGGACAUGGACGAUUGGAAGUUUUGAAGUUUGAACAAUCUGUACAUAUAUUACUAGUAGUUCGUUCGGAAGUGCACCUGCCAGUACAAUACAUCACUAGUACUUGGCACGCAGCA